AUAUUUUAUAAUUUUUUUUCUUAUAUUAUAUCGAUUUAAUGAUUAGUUAUUUUAAAUAUAUCUCUUAUCAUGUAGUUUUAAAUACUUCUAUAUUAAAAUAUAUAAAUUCUAAUAAAUUUGAAUUUUUUUCUUUAAAAUAAAAAUGAUAAACACAAAAAUCUUUAUUUCACCAAAAUAAAGAAAAGCAUGUAGAAUGACUAUGGAUAUGUUAAUUUGUUUUUGUGAUUGAAAAGCCUUUCAACAAUCUUUUUAAAUAAAAUACUUAAUAUUAUACAAGAAAUUACAUAGACAAAUUGAAAAAAAAAAAAGAAAAUUUGGAUCAACAGAAAUGCACAAACUAAACUACAUAGAGAUAAGCAGAAGAGACAACCACAAUGACAAGAGAUGAGACCAAGACUUUGAAUCAGAGAUGACCUACCCUCAUAAGCAUUAAUGCGCUACCAUCGGAGACCACCAGAGGAACCCAAAGCAGGAACAUAGAAACCAGAGACCCACGAACCUCCGGCCCCAAUACCACACAGAAAUAUAUACACCUCCUCAACAGCCAACAGCCACACUGUGAAGAAUGACGAUCUAUAGAAGACGUGUAAGUGUUAUUGGGAGGCAUUACUAUAUAAUACUAUACUAAUACGAAUCAGUGAGUCUGAAGAAAGAUUAGAAAAUUGUAGCCUUUGUGACAGCCUUGAGUGUCGUUGUUUGGUGAUUCAGUAAUAAAGCUAAAAAUAAUAAUACAAUAAAACAUUAACAAAGACUUGCUAUUUUGUUUAUGAGAGCAUAUAAACAAAGACCUGCUCUUCAUCUUCAUAUUCAUCUCCCACAGAUCCUAACUCUUCGCAUUAUUGCUCUUUCCUAUAGCGUAUCUAAUCAUGGUAGAUUGGUCUUUACUCCCUAAAGACUUGCUGGAACUAAUCAACGGUCGUUUUGAGACAUGUUUUGAGGCUGUUCAUCUCCGCUCUGUCUGCAGCCUGUGGGUUCGGCCGUACCUCGGCCGAGUUAUAAACACGGAUUUGGCGUUGACUACCUUCUCCCCAUUUUCAGUGGCAACCCUUGGUUUAAAGGCGAUAAGCAUUGCAUACUUAAAAAAAAAUCCAAAAUUUCUCUUCAGAUACCAGACUCCCUUUGAUGCUGAUUGUUUGAUUGUAGGGAUCAGCCAAAGUACCUCCGACAAACAUAAGUCGGUGUGGUCGUUACCAGGUUUUGGUUUCACAUCUGAAUAUGGAAAGGUGCUCAACACUCUUAGCUCCCAAAUCAUCCCUUUGGGUCAUAACUACAUGAUAAACUUCAAUGCUAUAACAACGAUGCGCUAUAGAACAAUGCGUCGGAAUUUUUUAGAAAAAGUUGCGUUUCUUCCACUUGAUAGUGAAGAUGGUGGAGAUUUCACAUUGGUAGCCGGAGUGUUGAUACUUUAAUGAUGUAUAGAAGCCGUGAAGAGAGGUGGAUUAAAAUCGAGGGUCAGUUUAGAUCAUGACCCUGUUCGUUUGCUCACCCAGACGAAUCAUCUGGGUGAAUUUGCAAAUCGAUGUUCUUUUUGUGCAUUAUAAUGCUACAUCCAGAUGGAUCAACCAACUGAAUUUUUAAAAA